UUCGUGGUCCAGAUUUCUCUUGGAGAAAGAGGGACGGGUCACAAAAGUGGCGCUUGGAUCGUGAGUUUCUAUGUGUUGUCAAGGAAUUCCUCGCCUCUGCCCUUUAUCUGGUAAAGUCAGGGGGAAGCAGGGUGUGAGGCAAAGCCUGUGGCAGCGUGAGAGCCAGUGAUCAGGCUGGACCUGUGACCCUGUGAUGAAACACUCGGAGGCGAACAAAAAGGCAGCGUGCAGUGACAGGGGAGCGGCUUCAGAGACAGCGACGGCACGGGACCGAGGAACCAAACACACUGAAGGAGACCAGCAUCUGAGAUCCAGAGCAUUCGGGGCUAACCCAAAAACCAGGGCUCCCACUGUCUGAGAGAAUCGGAAGACUCAAGGAGUCCAGCGGAUGGUUGGACGUGAAGAAUGUGAUGCCUGAAGGUCAGAGAUUCGAGGGCUGAAUGCCUGCUUCAUUCCCACAGAAGACACUGGAAUUCUUCGGGCACUUGCGUGAAAGUUUCCCAUGAAAGUAUUCAGAGAAAACUAAUGCUGUUGUGCCCCAUUAGGAAUGUCCAUAACCCUGAGCCAUAAAGCCUGAAUUUAAGUCCCACCUGUUCCAGAGGUACAAAGUCGGAAUUCACUGAACAGAGUAAGGAACUUCGAAAAUUCAGCUCUUACAUUCAUCGUGAAUGAUUCUUAACCAUAUCAAUUACCAUAAGAAAUAAAGAAGAUCUUUAAGAAUUAACACUUUAAAGAUAUUCUGCUUCAAAAAUGAAUGAGAGUGAUGCAACUACAAUUUCAACUACUUCUUUUAAUGCAACGCUUGAAAAGGAAUGUGAACAAAAUUUCAUGGAUAUGGAAUGCUUCAUGAUUCUGACAGAAGAACAAAGAAAGGUUAUUGCUGCAUUAUGUUUGACAGUGGGGCCUUUUACUAUUAUAGAGAACAUUUUAGUUUUAUGUGUCAUAUUCUUUACUCCACAACUUCGAAAUCGACCUUCUUAUUUGUUUAUAACUAGCCUUGCAUCUGCUGACCUCUGUGCAAGCAUUAUUUUUGUGUACAGUUUUGUCGACUUCCAUGUUUUCAAACACAAGGAUGAAAAUUAUGUUUUCUUAUUUAAGCUUGGGUGUGUCAUUGCAUCUUUCUCAGCUUCUGUGGGCAGUUUGCUGCUCACUGCCAUUGACAGGUACAUAUGCAUUCAUAAGCCGUCUGAAUACAGGACAAUUUUAACGAGACGAAAAGCAGUGACCUUCCUUCUAUUCAUGUGGCCAGUUGCUGUUUUUAUUGCUUUUCUUCCUUUGAUGGGAUGGAAUUGCAUUAAGUUACAAUGUCAAUGCUCUGAGCUAUUUCCUCUUGUAGAUGAAAGCUAUUUAGCUUGCUGGACUAUGUUUAUAACUUUCCUAUUAGUAUUAAUAAUUUAUGCCUAUAUACAUAUUCUGUGGAAAGCCCACGUUCAUUCAAUCUACAUGGAGAAACAGAAAGAGGGAAGGAAAGGACAAGUAAAAAUGGGCCACACACGUAUGGACAUUAAACUUGCCAAAACAUUGGGUCUCAUAUUAAUAGUGCUGAUUGCUUGUUGGUCUCCAGUAUUGUCUCUGAUGAUAUAUGAUGUAUUUGCCAAGGUAAACAAAGGCACCAAAAAGGUAUUUGCUUUUUGUAGUAUGCUUUGUUUGUUAAAUUCUACAGUAAAUCCCAUCAUUUAUGCCCUAAGAAGUAAAGACAUGCGAACUGUAUUGUUAAAUAUCUUGUUGAGGCACAAGAGGCAGCUACCAUCUCUGGAAGGCAGCACAGAAUCAGAUGGACAUUUUAAAAACAACAAUACAAUUGUGACCAUCUCUUCAGUUGAGCAAUGCAAUCUUGACAAUUCAAAGAAUGAUCUCUGAAUGAAUCAAAUCAUUCUUCAACUGAAUCCUAAACAUUCAGGCUAAGAUAACUCCACUGAGACCAGUAUCCCCCGUUACCAAGUCCCCUUCAAUUACACAUGCAUCGUACUUGACACUGGUCCAGCUUCCUCAGAGUGAACAGAAUCUCUGACACUCCUGUUUAUAUCUGUCAGCAAGAACU